GGAGAACAUGGCCUCGCUGUGAACUGAAGAGGCUCCAGCUGACUCUGGAUCUGCACUGCUGUAGGAGAUGAACAUUAUCAGGUGUCUCUCCUGGUUUUGUCGCUAAAACUGAGUAUAUUUGUGAGUCAGUAUGGGGGACUGGAACUCAUUGGGGAAGCUGCUGGAGAGUGCCCAGGAACACUCCACCGUUGUAGGCAAAGUCUGGCUGACAGUGCUGUUCAUCUUCCGCAUUCUUGUUCUGGGAUCGGCCGCUGAGAAGGUGUGGGGCGACGAGUUGUCUGGCUUCACGUGCGACACCAAGCAGCCCGGUUGUCAGAACGUCUGCUAUGACAAGACCUUCCCUAUUUCCCACAUCCGCUUCUGGGUGAUGCAGAUCAUCUUUGUUUCCACGCCAACUCUCAUUUAUCUGGGCCACAUCCUUCAUCUGGUCCGCAUGGAGGAAAAGGAGAAGCAAAAAGAGAAGGACCUUGACAUCCAGAGUGAAAAACACCAGCAGGUACUUGGCACCAAAGCCAAAAAGGCCUCAGUUAAAGACAAGCAGGGCCACGUCCGUUUGAAAGGUGCACUGCUGCGAACCUAUGUCCUCAACAUAAUUUUCAAGACCCUAUUUGAAGUAGCCUUUAUUGUAGCUCAGUACUUCCUGUAUGGUUUUGAGCUCAAGGCGAUGUACACCUGCGACCGCUGGCCUUGCCCUAAUGUGGUUAACUGCUACAUCUCUCGACCCACUGAGAAGACAAUCUUCAUCCUCUUCAUGCUGGCCGUGGCCUGCAUCUCCUUGCUGCUCAACCUAGUGGAAAUGUACCAUCUAGGUUUCACUAAGUGUCACCAGGGCCUUGGUUACAGACGAUCACGAUCUGCAGGCGUGGCCUCCGAGGCCCUAACUGAGGCGGUCAUGCCCUAUGUCCCAAACUAUAACUACUUUGCUGGUCAUCCUGCAGUGCCUGAACCUUUCCCCACAGGUUCAAAGUAUAGCAUGGCAGAGCCAAACUCUGCCUACAACAGCAAAGUGGUUUACAAGCAGAACAGAGACAAUAUGGCUGUGGAGAGAAAAGGUAAAGCAGAGGGAGAUGAUGUAAAGGAGAGGAAAAUCUCCAGCCCUGUCUCUGAGUUGCCCAUUGAAAAUCAACGCAGAAACAGUCAGUCAAGCAAGUACAGCAAUAACAAGAGCAGGCUGGAUGACCUGAAGAUCUAGGGACUUUCUGUGUUUUUAUUCAAGACUCAAGAAUGGCAGACCAUAGCCUAUGAAAACAUAUGUAUGAAACACUAUUUGGGACAAAACUAUUGAAUGAACACAAAACAGAUUACAGAUAACAAAUCACAACUUAAUCAAUUCCCCUUGGGGUAUCAAAUCAUCAACUACGCCCACAAUGACUUGUUUGUACUCAAAAAACAUUCUGUCUACACAUCUGCUCUUGCAUUUUCUGAAGUGUUGACUUGCAGAUUAAUGAAUAUUCAAAUUUGUUUUGCACUCGCUCAGUAGUUUUGACAUUAAUGGACUUCCAUACUUGUGUGU